AUGUGGAUAAAAUUUAUUAUUUUAUAUAUUUUUGCUGUAACUGGUUCUCUUUCGUCAUUCGACCUCAGAGGAGCGAUCAAUGGCAACCGCAUGGGGAGCGUGCCUUUGGGCCUGACCCUCAGCACUGGCGAGCUCGACGUCCAGGGUAUCUGCACGCGCGCCGGCGUCGCCUGCCAGAACUGCAGUCUGGCUGUCUCCUGCGUGCCUCUGCCUGUUGGCUGGUUGAAGGUCCCUCUUGAAGAAUGUUCAGAAGGUUUCACGUGUAACGCGCAUCUCGGCAAGUGCUCGAAGAAAGCAGUGCCUGAAUGUAGUAGCGCGGCUGUGGAGUUUGAGCAUACUUGUGAACAGGUGGGAAUAUUCCCAGAUGCUUACGACUGCAGGAAGUUCCAUCUCUGCUCACCCCCUGAUGGCUUGCCUGAUGGUAGACCUGCAGACCACAGAGAAGCUCUGUGUCCAAGACAUUAUGGAUACAAUCCCCACACUGCGCAAUGCUCGAUAAGACUGGAAAACAGCCAAUGCACAAAAACGCCAGUCCCCAAGUGCAAAACCGUCGGCCAACAUGGCGUCCUAUCGCUCAGCAACAACCAUUACUACGUCUGUUUAAACAAAGAGGGAGUGUUGCACCCUCAGAUCUUUAUCUGUCCUCAUGGCUGGUAUUUCUGGAACGAUUUCUGCCAACCGGAGCCAGAAAAGAAGCAGAACAAAAGUCAAGAGACCAAGAAAGCCACUGAAGAAGAAGGCAAUGAUGAAAAUGAUUCUGAAGAAGGUAGCACCGAAAAAAGUGAUGAAGUGACUACGACAGUAAAACCAACAACUUCUAGAAUAGACAGUUUCUUCUCCACGGAGAAGGCUACAACUAAUGCCCCUGAUACAUUCCUAGCUGAUAAAUUUGAUCUGUCUCACUAUGAAACAUCCGAUGAUACACAACCAAAUAAUGAUGAAUUCGUUAAUUCUUUUGAGAAUAGCGUCGAAUUUUGGUAAUUUAUAAGAUUUUAACUUUCUUUAUUAUAUAUUAUGUAUGAUUAGGUUAGGUAUUCAAUUUUAAUUGACAGCUUGUCUAACAAAACAUUGUGAUUCUAUACACAUUAAAGAGCUUCUCAAAUUUGAUUUGUUGACUAUAUAAGACUAUCUGGUUAAAAUAUAGUUGCGUUAUACUAUGAAAUGGAUUUAGGUCAACUUUGUUAUCUUAAUAAACAUUUUUUAAGUUUA